AUGUCAACCGAAAUGGUAUCCUUAGCUAGCAGAACGUCUUCAGUAGUUGGUCGUCCAAAAGCACAGCAUCUCCGGUCAAGUAUUUCCAUCCGACGAAGAAGACGAAGUUGGACUGAGUACCGUAUUGGUCAAGGCAAUCGACCUAUCAAAACCUUUGAAUUCACCGUUUUCUUUAUCAAAGGUUCGAUGGCUCAGGUUGAUCGAUCUGUACAGCCUAUUGCAGAUAAUCCAAACAGUCAUUACAGGAUCAUGAUGCUCUUCCUCCCGUUAUCUUCGGCUUGUCCGAGUCGUUUGGAAACCUCGGUUGGGAGGUCAACCCGCCCGUCUACUGGGACGUGCCGGUCGGGAGAUGUUGCCAUGAUACUCACCGGUCUCAUCGAAUUCACGCUCGAAUUUGCAACUAGUUUCACCCAUGUUCUUGUGCUCGUGGUAGAAUUAAGCGGUGACUGGGGCUAG